CUGUAGACAAAGACUUUCCUCUAAUAUAAACAUGUGUAAACAAGAUCUUAACUUGAUGAAAACCAAAUCAUAUCAGUAUUAGUGAUGACAGGAAUUCAGUAGAACAUUUUAAAGAGAGCUGAUAGUCGGAAGUGAAAUGAACAUUAAGUUGAAAUCUACACUCCUGUUGAGAUGACAAUGAUAUGAAACAAUUCUCUGAACUUUAUAAUAAGGAGAUAUGUAGUCUAAUCUAAUUGAAAGUUUCUAGAUGAAUUAUGUAAUGUUUAUAAUUGAGCAAUCUUGUGACUGUGGAAAGAAAUUAACGAAAAUUUUCUGGAGAUAUAAAUAGAGAUUACUAGUAUGACCAGCUCUUAUUCCUGAAGGAUUCAUUACUUUAGCAGUUACAGUUUUUAACUUCUAAAGUUGUAAUACUCAGAACAAAAUGGAAUUAGAAAGUGUUUCCUGCAAAGGAAUUUAUAAAUUUUUCUUCCUGAUGGCAUGGAUUAUAUUUGUGAAUGGAGCCCCUCAAUUGGAGACAAAUGUCCAGGAGUCGUGUGUUUUAAGUUUAACGAUUCCUAAGGACAGCAUAAAAAGUAGUUGUAAUAUGAAUGAACAAGUUGUACGAAAAAUGCAUUCCAUGGAAUCUCAAUUCAAUCAUUUUCGGACUAAACUUGGUGCAUUAGAGAUUCGACUGCCGGAAAUUGUGUUAAAUUCCAAUCGUUAUGGAGACAAAGUUGAACAGCUGGAGUUAGUUAUAGCUAAAGAGUCAACCUAUUAUAAACAUAUGGACCAGAGAAUAAAAGCUUUAGAGGAAGCAGUGGCCAAGGACAGAGAAGGAAGUUCUGCAAAACACAUUACUGAACCAGACACCCUACUUGACCCAAUACGACCUUUAAUUAUGGCUGAACUGCAACAAAUGAAGGAAGAUUUAAGGAGAGAUCUAACUGAAGAAAUUAGAAAAGAAAAAGAAAAAGAGGAAAAAAUUUCCAAGGAAACACUUAUUUCGUCAGUCAAACCUAUGCUUUUGGCUGAGAUGCAGUAUGUAAAGGAGGAAAUACUUAAAAGUAUGAAAAACAUGAUGUCAAUUAAAAUUUUAGAUCAAACUGAGGAAAUAGGUUCCUCAGACGAAGUUGGAAAUCAUAUUGUUGAAGAUGUAGUUCAACCUGAAAAUCACCUUAAUAUGGUGGCUGACCAAAGUGUUAUGAAAGAUGAAGAACCUUUACUUAAGGGUAUGGCUCGAACCCUGCAUAGUCUUGAUGAGGGCAAUGUUACCAUUUUAUCCAAUAAAAAAGAUAUCCAACAGUUGGAAAAUCUAACCAAAGAAAUUGAAUUUGUUGAAAAAACAAAUGAUAACUUUUCUGAGAAAUCAGAAAUUCUUGUAGAAAAUUUACAGAAAACUAUAGAAAUUUUACAAAAUGUUGCAAAAACUAAUUUGGCAAAAGACCUUGAUGAGAAAAUUGACAAAUUGAGUACUGAAAUGGAAAUCAAACUGAAAUCUAUUACCAAUAAAUGCAAUGAAAUAUAUUUGACCAAAGAGGUCAAGUCAAAUGAGUUGGAGGACAGAAUUGAUGAAAUAUCACAAAAUUUUACUUUACAAAAUGAGAAGGUUGAAGAUUAUGUUAAAAAGUUGAACUUAUCUGACGACCUUCGAAAGAUAAACACGUCCCUAUCUAAUGCAAAGAUUGAAAUGCAAUCAAUGGACAGACGAAUUGACAGUUAUACAAAUGAUGUAUACCUCGAUACUAAAAUUCAGACCAAAGUGGAAAAUAUCAAAUCCAGCUUACAGUUAUCCCUUAUGGGUAUUCAGUCAAACCUUGCUUCAUAUGAAAACAAACUGUCACAUCUUGAAAGACAGAAUAACUUGUCCUCGACAUUACUUAAUCAUUUCAAGAAAACUCUAAUACAUAAUCAUAAUCAAACUGAUGUCAACUUUGAAAACGUCAAAUCGGAAAUUACAGAAAUAGAGAAUCGUCUGAAGGAAGAAAUGACGCAGAAAAUGAACACGAAAAGUUUGGAGUCGAGACUAGAAGGACUUGAGACUGAAUUCAUGUUCUUUCAAAGCAGAGUGACCACUUUGCAGAAAAAUUCAACGAUUGGUGACAAUAAACUAGAUAUAAAACUUGCUGAACUUAACUCCAAAACACAGAGCAUAGAUUGGCAGCUUACAUCACUACAUGAUCAUGCACAGAGAAUUCUGGAAAUCGAACGCAAUCAAACUUUGAUGAAAAAUAACUAUGAUCUUAUGCGAGAGGUAAUGAAACUUGUUCACUUGGAGCAAAAACUCAGACACAAUCGUUGGAUUGAGUUUAAUUUCACUCACCAUUCGUUGAAAAAUUCUUGCCACAAAAAACAGUAUGUGAAACGAAAUCCAAUAUCUAAGAAUGGACUUGGAGCUUACGUUGGAGUCCAACUGUGCACAUCCACAAGAUACAAAAUAUUAUUGGGAAAUUCCCUGGACGAAGAAUUUCUGGACAUCGGUGACCAAUACGGCCAUGGACAGGAUCACUGCCAAUUCAUUGGAGGAGAAUCUGAGUAUGGUGUGACAGUGGAUACAGAAUUCCCGUCAGCAAUGGGAAUGAAAGCAUUCAUGAGAAAACAAUGGGAUGAGAAGCCUCACUUAGGAUUCCUGUCCUUCAUGACACCAACACCGAGCUGGUAUGAAUGUGGUAUGUCCUUACCAUAGUAUCACCAGGAUUUGGGAAAAAAAUAUCUGAGGAUUUAAACUUUUGGCGAGUGCUAAAAUUGAGUGGAAUGUGUACAAAGUCUGAUGCAACAAAACUAUGUGACUUAACAGAUUUGUGUUCAACAUUAUAAUAACAUUCUGAGUGCUAAAGUUUAUGGCAAAUUAUAAAACACUGGCUGUACUUUUCAUUAUUUGACUUUGAAUGAAAUAAUAGUAAAUGAGUAAAAUGUUGUACAUAUUAGUUAUUGAAUCAAUGGAUUGGAUAUAUUUUUUAAGAGAAAUAACAAUUUCUUGGGUCACAUAUCUAUUUUUAUUUCAUUAUUAACUUUUUGCUGCAAUAUGUGGCCAGAAAUGUCUAGAGUCGAACAAGCUCAUAUUUCAGUUUCACAUUUUUAAGAUUAAGUAUUUAUGAAAGGACAGGAAAUGACCAAAUAUUAUUGUAUCUGAAUCAUUGAAACAUAAUAAUUGAAGGUACGUUUAGUGUGAGAACUAGAAUAUAACAGAAUAAAUCUGUUAAAACUAUCAUGCAAUGUUGGGGGUCUACAGAAUUGCACAAUUCAAUUAUUUAUAUGAAUAAUCUUAAGAUAAGAAAGUAUUUAACUGGCGAUAAAUGGCUGCAUUCAGUGCAUUGUAAUUUCUUGAAAUUGAAAUUAGUUCUAUGCACUUUACAGAGAUUUUACAUCUGUUUCAAUGUUGAUGGAUAAAGGAAAGAUGAAUGAUGAACUAUCACAUGAUGAUGGAUAAAGGAAGGAUUAUUUGUAAAUAAGAUUGAUAGUCUGACAACACUACUUAUAUGCAAACCUGUUUUGUUUUAUAAAAGAUAUAAAUUGUUAUGUUAUAUUUAGAAUUGAUGUAUAUAAUUAUAAAACAAAUCUUUUUUUAA